AUGGCUUCAGCAACACAGCCAGCUGCUCUCCAUAGCAUUCCUACCACCUCCACAUCGCAUCCUCAAGAUCCCAUACCUUCUGAGCCACGAGCCAUACCUCAGCUUUCCAUCAAACCUACACGGGAUCACACCUCAAUGUCUCCACGAUCCUCCGGCGAAUCGAUUGAAUGGAGCGGCAACAGCAGCGACUCCGAUGCGCCCAUUACACCCAGCACAGAACCACAGGUCGAUGAGAUCAUUGACAAGUUGCAGGAUCUCCCUACGGCUGCAGUCAAUUUCAACGAACAACAAUCAUCUCGACCCCGACGGGCUUCUACAACACUGAUCACAGAAUCUCGCGCUGAAAUUCAAAGAAUACUGGGCGAGGGCGAGUCGGCUACUCAGCUCAUCAGCCAAUGCUGCGGUGGAGGUUGCUGUCUGCUCAAGACAUCGGCUCCUGAUACAUCUGCCCCAGACUUCGAGGCUGUCGUUCUUCCAGACACCAAAGCCUUCAAGAGCUUGAACCUGAAGCUGGGACCAUUGUCCCUCAACACCCCGCUGACCAAUACCUUCGAUCUUCCUCCCGUCAACAUGUCCUUCGAGCCAAUUCCUUCCAAGGAGACCAAUCAUGUCUCCACAGUCCACAAGAUGCCACCCACAUACGUGCAGCCACACCCACCAUACGAUGUCUACUCCGCACCCCUCUACCACGCACGAGAGCUGACCAAGCCCGGAGCUGAGAAGCGGACCUUCCACUUCGAUUUGGAUGUGACGGAUUAUCCUGACGAGAAUGGUGUCGAUUUCAAGGUUGGGGGUGCGAUCGGCAUUUGCCCGCCCAAUUCUACCGAGAUGGUCGAUGAACUCUUCGACGUGCUCUGCAUCCCCAAAUUCGUUCGCGAUAAGUCGGUCACGCUCAAGACCACCACCGGUCGCUGGCCGACCAUCUGGGGCGAGGAUCAAGCACGCGAGCUUGUCACUACACGCCGUGAGCUCUUGACCUGGUGUGCCGAUAUUCAGUCCAAUCCUCCCACUAAGCAGCUCAUCCGUGUCAUGGCCGAACACGCGGCCGACCCCAACGAACGCAAGAUCCUAUUCUACCUGUCAUCUGCAGAGGGACAGGCUGCAUUCUGCGACCUUCGAACAACUUCACAUCUUACCAUCGCCCAGCUUCUGUCCGCUUUUCCAUCCGCAAAGCCACCGCUACCUGAACUCCUUUCCGUACUCAACCAAUUGAUGCCCCGCUUCUACUCGCUAUCCAAUGACCCUCACAUCUCGUCUGCUCGUCCCGGCUUACCAGGUGACCGCCGACUUAUCGAAAUGGCCGUGACCAUCCACGAAACUCCCGAUUGGCACGCGAAUGGAGGAUACCGUACGGGUGUUGGCAGUGGCUUCAUGGAGCGCAUGGCCCAAGCCUUCAUCAACGCCGAAGCCGAGGGCAUCGAUCCUCGUGAGAUACUCAAUCUCCGCAUCCCCAUGUUCCGAGGAUUGAUGGCGAACCCCCUUUCUCGAGACUUCGGCGGUGACGGCCCGAUGGUGUUGAUUGGUGCCGGCGUAGGAAUGGCUCCCUUCCGAGGCUUUAUUCUUAACAGGCUCAAGAACGCCAACUGCGCGAACAAGAUCUGGCUCAUUCAAGGUGUUCGUGACUCCAUGCUUGAUGAAAUCUACUCUGGCGAACUUGGAGAUCACGAACGUGAGAUUAAGAAGGUCGUCCAAAGUCGGAAGACUCGUGUCGCUGGAGAGACCGACGCCAAAUACGUGCAGGACGAGGUCAGACUCCAGGCUGAUAUUGUCUGGUUCGUUAUCAAUGCUCUUGACGGCCGUAUCUUUGUCUGUGGAAGCAGCAAGGGUAUGGGUGAGGGUGUUGAAGCAGCAUUGAUGGAUGUUGCCAUGCAAAAGGGUGGUAUUAGCGAGGCUGAGGCGAAGGAAUUCUGGGCCAAGAAGAAGGAAGAUCGUCAAUACAUUGCUGAAACCUGGUAA